GCCGCGGAUUUUCAAAAUGGCGGAUCAUUUGAGUUUGAGGAAACAAUUGUUGGUAACUGUGCACUUUCCAGAGAGAUUUUAGCAUCAUCGCAUACAGAUUAAUGGCUUGAUUAACACGAAUGCUUUAUUCCUAGAGAUUUUAUCGAUCAUAGAUCUUCCCUACUGAAAAUGAAAUGCGGUUUUCUUUCCACGUGACUUGAGAGUCAGCGAGAGGGACUUUCCCCUAUUUACUUCCGCUAUGCAACUUUGUAAAUUUCGUUUGCAAAGUUUCGUCGGGUGAAAACGAAGUACUGACUACAUUAAGAAGGUAGCUACAGCGAGCACCACAACAAUUUACGAACUAGAAAGAUCGUUUAGUUGUUUUGGUAAGUGUUAUGGUAGUUUAAUGCUCCUCUUAAUUGAAAGGAUUGUUAAUCUUCAGUCAAAAUUGAUCUGUUGUGAGCUACAGUGCCAUCAAAUUCUCACAAUGUUUUAUCUUUGAAGAGUCUUUCAGUUUUCGAGGGAGUUGCCUCGCAUAUAAAGUAAAUGUGAACCAAUGUUAAAUGUGCCACACGUUCCUAAAAAGUUUCCCAUACAACCAUGUAACUUAUAUGUUAUGAAGCCAAUUAAGUUAUCCUUCCUAAGCCACCCUGAGCGGAACUUUUACUUAAAGAGUGAAAACGUUAAUCAUCGCACACCAUCUGGGGUUUGCUAGGCAAUGCUUUACUUUUGGGCGAAAAAUUUGAGCUUCUAUUUCCCUUAAGCUAUCAACAGAAAUCGUCAAACAAUGUGUAAGGAAAUUAUUAAGACUUGAAUCAGUUCCAAGGAAGGCAAAUUGUGUGGGUGAUCAAAUUUCCAAUGCCCCAGAAUAAGAUCUGAUCCUUUAUACAGUAAUAACCCGCGUAUAAGAACCUGAAUUUUUCAAUUUAGCCUAAAUAGGUUCUUAUAUAAAUGGUACUUAAAGGAAAUUUAGCCUAAACAGGUUCUUAAUUAUAAAUAGGUUCUUAAAUUUGCAUAUGUAUUUCAUUGGAAUAUAUUGUAUAUAUAUUGCAAAUACAGUAUCAUCUCAUAAUAAAUCAUUUAUAAUGUACCAUGUAGAGCAAUGCCUAUAGGCAGUUCAGUGCAGAUACAGUAAAACUAUAUGUUCUUAACAAAACAUAACAGUUUAAUCAGUUAGUUAUUAGUUUCUGCCAAGACACUUUUACAGCAACCCCACUGAUAAGAACCUAACUUAAAACUUUAGGCUAAAUAGGUUCUUAUGUAGAGGGGGCUUAAAAUGAGAAUUUUAGCCUAACAGGUUCUUAAAACCCAGGUUCUUAUAAGCGGGUUUUUACUGUAGUCCUUGACUAAAGAAGGAAGAGAAAUAAGGUGACAGGGUCAUCUACUGUAAGCUCACAUAUGUAGGACAACAUUCUUUAAAAUUUUCAUUCGAUAAAAUUUCUUCAUAUUUCAUUAAAUUACAUGGAUCUAAAACAAAAUUCAUAUCAUCAACCUCAUGCCCAAUCUUUUUAGCAUCAAUAUUUCCUAUUGCUUUAUGUAUACUCAGAUUUCUAAAGAGAUAUGGCUGAAACUUUAGCCCUUUUGAUUGGACCAAGUUAUCCAGCAGAUUUGCCAACCUACUGUGGCCCCCUGCAAGGUGUAGCAAAUGAUCUAAAGUUGAUGAAAGACAUGCUCUGUGAGAAUGGAUUCCAACCAGAAAACAUUAAGGUCUGUAGAAAGUCUCCAAAUUUUUGCAGUCUGGCACUGCGUAUCUUAAAUUUAUCCCUACCAUUGAAUGUAUACAGUGUCCUAAGCCUAUAGGGCCAGUGUUCCAAAGUCUUCAUUUGGAAACCAAAAAUCAGAUUUUCCGUUUCAUCAUUCAGUGGCCAGCAACUGUUUUUGAAGACUCGUGUGACAUUUCAAGAUUUAAAAAGAGGAAACAAGAAAGUACUAAUAUAAAAGGGCUACUUAUAUGGAUCUAAUGUAGUAGUUUAUGGGGUUUUUCAUUUUGCAAGAUCUGGAUGCAAACAUAGCUGGGCAAGCUUUAAAUACGUCAACAAAACAAAUGUGAUGGCUCAAUAUGAUCACAUAAUUGUUAUCUAAAAAGUUGUAUUAAAACAUUAUAAACAAUAGAUUUUUAUAUUGAUUGAACUGCAGCAUGGAGUACUGCAGACACUAGCAUUUUGAGAUUUCAAAGACUGAUCUACUGUGUCAAAAAUCCUAUCAAAAUAUGCUCAAAACUCAACUUCUCAACACUGCUAUUUUAAACUUUACUUGAUAACCUGGCCACUUACCUUAUCAUUAUAUAUCAAAACCUUUCUAUGCUUACAUUUAAGGUCCUUGAAGGCCUGCUGGCAUCACGGGCAAGCAUCCUAGCUUCCUUAGAAGAAUUGUCUGAAAGGGCACAAAAAGGUUCAGUGGUUGUUGUUUAUUAUUGUGGCCAUGGCCAUAGCUUUGAUCCUAAACAAGCUGGCUAUUUUGAUGAAGGCUUGAUUCCUGGAGACUUAACAAGAGAAAUGGUAAAUAAUAAACACAUGUAGUUCCCAUUUCUUAGCGUAACUAAAUUUAAAUACCGUGACCAUUAGAUAAAAACCAUUUGACAUCUUGGCACAGAGAUGGAAAGAAGGUGUAUGUAACAAACUGAUCAUUGGCCUAAUCUAUCAAAUCAAAACUCUGGUAUUAGUUAGGGAGUAUUUCAGUAAGUAUAAAUUUGCAAUGAAAGAGGUGUUUUCAAGUUUUCUCCCUGGCCAACACCUUUAUGGGCCACGUCACUCUGAUGUAAGUGUAUAAGUGUAGCCCCUUUAUUUUUAACAUAAGAUUGUAAUAAGUCUCAACUAAGUUAACCUUUUAUGUUUUUAAUUUUUUUUGCAGGUUGAUGAAUACCAUAUCCUUGAUACUUGUAUAACAGGUGAACAUUUCAGUCCUCACCUGUCCAAGUUGAUUAACAAGGGGGCACUUGUCAAUGUUAUCUUUGAUUGCUGUUUUUCUGGCCAUAUGUACAGAGGUAAUUCAGAGGUGAAAAACACCUACACAGGCAUAAAACAGGUAAACCACUGACCGUGGGGCAAUACUGUAGCUCAAAAGUUUUUCUUGAUUUGAAAACGUGCAAAGCAGAUAAACUUCUAAAUGUAUUUUAUACUGUAGAUUAAAUCAGAUGAUGUGAAUGAACUUACAUUUGUUGCAUUUGUUCUGAACCAGUUUCAAAUACUUUGGAUCUAAAAGUAAAUUUUAGUGUCACAACUGGUUUUCAGGAAACCUCAACCAUUGAUCAUUUUAGAAAGUUCAGUUAAAGAAGAAUUGUUUGUCCAAAAGCCAUAUAUUUUUUAUUUCUGCCGUAAAGAAGUAUGAAUCAUUGUGUUUCUGGGAAAGCUCAGUCCACUUAAGUCACACAAUGCAUGUUUCCACCAAGGCAAAUAAAUAAGCAUUGUAACAGAAAAGCUUUUUGGGAAAUAACAUUGAAGUUCUAGGCCAAGCCUCUGUUGCUUUGAAAAUUGGUGUAUGUUCUCCUACAAAAGUAUUUUACAGUGUAAAUAAUAAUGUUGAACUUUGAGUUUAGUCCUUACUCAAAAUUCAACAUUAUUAUUUGCAGUAACACUGAAGGAAAACAAUUAGUAAAGCUUGAUUACAGUUUUGGAAAAUGUUAUGAAUUUUGGCAGAAUUUCCUGUGAUGGACCACAUCUGUUGCAUAUCCUUCCCAGGAUUAAUGUCAAUACCUGAACCCUUUCACUCCCAGAUCUCAUUAGUAAUUCUCCUUACUGUCUGUCAACCAAUUUUUAUAAUGUUAGUUUGGAGAAUUUUGCAUGGGAUCAACUAUUAAUCCCCUAAUUGACAUUUUACUUCAUUCUCAUCACUUGCCAGCUUGAUAUUGUAUUGAUAGUGUGAGGAGAAAUUCUGUCUUGGUCACUUACAGGAGUUAAGGGGUAAAGUUGCUUCAUGCAACAUAAGAUGUGAGUUGCAGCAGUUACAUAAUAAACUUGUGAUUAAACCUACAAGCAGACUUAAAUGCAGACACUAAUUGCAAGUGUUUUGAAUGUCUUCUUUGCACAGCUUGCAUUGUCUGAUGAAUACAUCAGUGAGUAUCAAAAGGUUCUAAAAGCCAGAGGGUAUCCCACGGAGCAUGAAGAAGAGCACUCUCCAGUUCAGGAAACACAACUGAGUUCAACAGUUACUCAGGUAGAUUUUUUAAAAAUAUUAUUUGAUUUUUCUUUUCAUGUACAUGAUUAUGUAACAGCUUCUCCAUGACAAGACUUUGAGUAGCUUUUUUGAUUCUUUGAUGGUUGUUGUCGGCAUAAUGAAACAGGUUAUACUAAAGUAGGUGGUGGUCACCACUGUUGAAUAACAUUCAAUUCAUUAGGUUGAUAUUUUCUUCACAAGAAAUGUUCCUACAUCCUGCUACAUACUCUUUGCACCCACUGUGAACUACACAAAUGCUUCGAUGUGAAAAAUUUAGGAAAAUACUCUUUUCUUGUUCUUCUAUCUUUCCUCUUCAAUCAAUUGAUCAAUCAAUCAAUCAAUCAACCAAUCUGUCAAUCAGGGUAGUAUCAUCACCUGAGUUAAUAGCGUAAUUUGGCCAACAUAAAGAGUUUCGAAACUGACAUUGCAAGGGUUGGCCCCUCAUCAUUUGCUCUGACAAUCAGCUUAGAAACUCUUUACAAUGCCCAAUUUGCAUUUCUUUAUCAACUCAGUUGACAAUACAUAGUUGCCCUGUUAUGCUCUCCAUGGCAGCACCAGUUUCUCUAGAACCUUACCUCUUGAGGCAGUCAAUCAGUUAGUCAUGCCAUCUGUCACUCUUUCAAUCAAUUUCUAACCAAUAAGUCAAUCAUUUCACUGAUGAUAACUCUUCAUUUACUUUAUAUUCAAGACAUACCGAAGAAAUACCAUCUACUAGUAGGUUGUGAUAUUGCGAAGAUUAUUGUUCACAUAGCAUCAGAUGCAUCUUUCUCCAUUUCAGGAGACACAGCCAGCCAAUCCAGCAAGUGCACCUGUGGCUCUACCCUACCCAGUCAGUGAGUUUUGGACUCCAGCUUUAAAAUCAGAAGGAUGGUCACCACAUGAAAAUGACAAUUUCAUUUUCAUGGGAGCCUGUGCAACAAAUGAAAAAGCCUAUGAGUUUAUGGAUCAUGAACUUGGUGAAAUCCAUGGAAUGUUUACUUCUGCACUGGUAGCAGUUAUCAAAGAGUCUCCACCAGGACAAAGACUCUCCUACAAUAUGCUCAAAAGGUGUUAAGGGUAAUUCUCCUAAUAACAUCAAAGCUGUUGUGAAAUAACCCUUUUAAGUCUACACUGUGAAAUAACAGUUUUAAGUAUCCAACAGGCAACCACAAUUAACCCCUGAUAGCCUUGUUGUUUUCUUUUAUCCCUUUAACCCCUAAGAUUGACUAACAUCUAAUUUCUCCUCAUAACAUCAGCCCUGAAUCAAGCAUUAAGGUCAUGAGAAUAAAGGAGAUGAUCACCAACCUAAGAAGCUCUUGAUUGUUGAACAAAUUCUCCUUGUUAGAACACUAGGAAGUGUCUAGGGAGGCUUGUAUGGCGAAUAUGCAUACUGAUGUUAGGGAGUAGAGGGUCAAGGAAGUCAUUUACCUCUUUCAUGGGUGCAUAGCUAGAACUACAGGAACUAUGUUUAAAUUUACUUUGUUUGUCAUGAUUAGUAAUUAUUUUGAUUUUUUUUAUGAUAGUCUUGUAAGACAAAGGAUGGCUGACAGGAAGCAACGUCAGACUCCACAAUUUGAGGGGGGAAACAUGAAUUUGAUUCUGUUCAGCUUUGACAAAGGUGACUUACUUGUUAAUUUAACACUAUGGUGUUUACAAAAUAAUUAGGUUGGAAAGGUAUUUUUGAAGGCUCAGAGGGCCUUUUGUUUAUAAAGGGAGGUCUGCACCUAGCUCCCUGUAUAAUUUUGAAGUCCUAGACUCUUUCAGUUGCAUUUUAAUGCAUUUUGAGGUCUAUUCUGAUCCAUCUUCCUUUUUUGUUCCUGGAUGUCAUCAGUUUCAUCAAAUUUGAAGAGAAUCACAUACGUGUGAGAAGUGGAAUGAUGUUUGUCUGAAGGCAGUGAGUGGGUAGCCAGCUCAUUCUACCUGUUAAAUUAAAUGGCUGCCUUUGAAGUUCUUGUUGCAUUAAAUUAUUUUUCAACUGUUAUAUUAAAAUCUUACCUUAUUGGUGUGAGAUUUACAAACCAUCUUAUCAAAUCUUGUCAUUGAAAUCUAUGUGACAAAUUGCCAGGAUUUACAAAAAAAAAACCCUAGGGUAAGGUUUGGAAUUCCUGUGGGGUUCUAAUCAUAGCCUUAUCUUUAAGUGCUUAAUGUCUUCAUGUUUCUUUCUGUUAUGACCAUAUAAUUUAUUUUGUUAACUUGUGACUGCAUGUUAGAGGAAAAACACUUCCAAAAAGGUGAUGUUGUAUAUAUUUGAAUGUUCUCUACAGCACCUCCACCUCCCAUAUCAUUUGAAGUGAAGGAAGUUCAUGAAAAGAGAGAGUUUACAUACAGAAUCACACUCAAUGCUGGAUUUCUACAGGGUGUUGUUGAAGGAGUGUAUUACAUUUUUGAUACUAGACUGACAGAUGAAAAUCAAAUGGAGGAUUUCCGCAUGGCAACCGUUAAUGUCAGUCAUGAAAACAUCCAUGCAACUGAGUCAACUGCUGAAGUGGAAAUUAACUCUAUCUUUCAUGAAUGCAAAGUCAAAGUAAGGCUGUCUUUAGUUUUGGCUCUCAAUCUUUUUUAAUAUUAAGUUAAGUGGAAUUUUCUGCCAUUCCCAGCUCUCCGUAUAGUUUUGCAUGCAUGUGAAUAUUUUUUUUUUCCAUAAGUGUUUUGGAAGGCAGGGAUAAGCUGUCACGUGCUCACCCUUGAACUGCUUGUUUCUCAUUGGAUGAGUGAUUUAUAGAUAUCACAUUCUCAAAAACAUUUUUUAUUAAUAUAUAAAUUAUGUUGCACAAGAGCAGUAUAAUACAGCUUUCAAGGUUUGGACAUUUCCCUCAAGAUUUGUAAUAUAUCAACUGCAGCAAAUGGUUUUGAACCAGGGGUAACAUGUGAUAGUGUUAUCUGAUUGUCCCAGUGGGUGUAGUCCUGACAGGGUCUCAUGUUGAUAGUGGUGACUGUUUCUGACAAGAGUCUUCCAAGUGAGUGAGUGUGACACACUCACCCACCCAGAGUGUGAGUGUGAGUGAGUGUGAGUGUGAGUGUGAGUGUGAGUGUGAGUGUGUGAGGUGUGAGUGUGUGAGUGUGAGUGUCCUCACACUCACCCAGAUGAUCACAGUACAUUAUCACAAUAUACAAACUGUUGUUCAUUAGAAACAGUUUGUUUGUUUGUUUUUUUUUCCCACCCUCUUGCAGGUGUAUCCAUUGUUUAGUGUUCAUACCACACAUAGGUUUGACAUUCCUAUUUCAAUUGUCACCAAUGGGUGGGUUAUGUCUGUUUUACUCUACAGCUACACUAUAUAACUUCCUAAUGUAGCUGGGGAAAUUUAUUAUCCAUAACUUGGAUUAUUUUUUUGAUUAUUUAGCCUUAACUGCAGAAUGUUAUUUGUGUGUUCCUUAAAAUUAUUUUGAUUCAUGGUCAGUGCCUCCUCACAGAUGGUAUUCAAUUUGGUGUAGAUCAUUUGAAGCUUAUUAAAUUGAAUGGAGAAAUACACCUCAAUGCAAAACAUAUCUCCAGUUCUUUUCAUCCUUUAACUCUCAGAUCAAAUUUUAAAUUCUCCUUACUAAUUACCAUACAAUUCCUAUAAUGUUAGUUCAGAGAAUUUAGUAUUGCAUCAAUUAACGUAUUAUCCCCAAAUUGGUAUUUUUCUUUAUUCUCAAUACUUAUCUGGUUGAUAUUGUAAGGAGAAAUUCUGUCUUGGUCACUCAUGGGAGUUAAAGGGUUAUAUAAUAAACUGAAUUAUACAUGCAUUUUGGUUGGGUCUUACUCAUGAUCUUUUGGAGAACAGACGUAAGGAUGACAUCACCACUGACAACAUUUGGCUUUUUUUUCACACAAAACAAAUAGAUUGUGUUACACGUAAGAGCAUCAGUGUCACACUCGACUGCGCGUCGUGUGCCUCUUCUUUUUGUUCUUGCCACAUUUUGACGUUAUCUGUGAUUGAACAGACCCACGGCAACGUAGCAUCUUUAUGUUUAUUUAACGUGGCUUGAAAAGUUUUUUUUGUUUCUAUUUCAGGUGGGAUACAAAGCUCGUCUGGCCAAGCUAGGAAGUAUGUUCUAUCCCAUUUGCAUCAUUGCUACAGAGCUUGAAGAGAAAUAUAUUUGGGAAUUGAAACUGGCAAUAUUAAUGGACAGCCUGCAGAUGUUCAGCUUAAGAGAACAAGAAACACCUGAAUGUGUCAAGAUGGACGUGGUAACAAUCGAAAAGUAAUUAGCAGCAAAUUUUUAAUACUUCUACGUUAUUGUUUCAGACCUCUGUUUCAGGCCUCUAACACUAAUUAAGUUAAUUUAUUCGGCAUUUCCCUAUUUGGGAUAUAGACAAAAUGUAAAAGGGAAUGAACUCGUUAUGGCUCAAGCGGUCCCGGACAGGUUUGAGCCGACGCACUAAAGCAUCGGGUUAAAAUGAUUAAAGGUGAACGUACAUGCAAUCGGAACCAAGUGUGCAGAUUUUAUGCUUUUGAUUGAUCCUUUAAGGUGGUGUAAAUUGUUUAAUAGUUUAUUUACGUGUUUGUUUACGUGUUUGUUUGCGUGUUUGUUCGUUUUUAAUUGUUUGGAUCACUCACGCGCAGGAGUAUAUUAAAAGAGGCAAUUCAGAAGUACUGUGACACUCAUUUUCAUACAGGAGAAUCCGCUUACUUCCGCUCGUGUGGGGUGUGUUCUCCGUGUGUUGGUUUGUUUUCUUUAAGAUAUCGUGUUAUGCAAAUUCUCAAGCCUUUAACUCCCAAGAUCCCUUUAGUAAUUCUCCUUACUGUCUGCCGUACAGUUCUUGUGAUGUUAGUUUUACGAAUUUGGUAUUGGAUCAACUUAUAAUCCCCUAAUUGAUAUUUUUCUUUAUUCUCAUCACUUGUCUGCUUGAUAUUGUAUUGAUAUUGUAAAGAGAAAUUCUGUCUUGGUCACUCAUGGGAGUUUAAAGGGUUGAACACUUCCAUGAGCGAAUCUUAAGUAAGAAAUUUGAUUCUCAGGAAAAAAUGUUGGCGUGCCAUUUACAAAGGAAGGAUGAUUGCACCGGAUCAACGGGUUGAGGAUGGUCACCUCAUGAUAAAAAAUCUUUGCAAGUAUUUUCGUGUCAAGUUUGGGACCCGGCUCAGGGAUCCCGGUCACAACAUGCUAAGGAAUGUUAGCCUCAAGCUGUUCAAAGUGGAGAACGUGCCUUCCUACAAGAAAAAUCUGACUAAGAAGAAGGAGUUGAAAGCUCAGGCUGUUCAAACCGCGGAAGUUUAUGAAGGUAAUGCCGUAUAAAUAGGGUGAGAUGUUAGAAGGGAACAUUUAAGGAAAGUUCAAAACUUUUUUUUUUCAUUAUUCUGAGGAAUAACUGCAACAAAGGCCUCUAUGAUAUACCUAUUGACUCCCCGGCAUGAGGGGGGGGGGGAUAUUAUCAUGAAAACUUUCCCUUUAUUCCCUCCCUUGUAACUGUAUGGUCAUGAGUAGGAGCAUCUUUUGAUAUUCAAACUUUUUCAGUAGAUUCCCUGGCAGCAAGGGGUAACGUUCCUCACCAUUUUCUUCCUGGUUAUUUCUUUGUUCCAGGGCACCCAGAGGAUUAUGUUCCAAAUUUUGGAGCCCACAAAGUCGAGAUUGCACCCAACUCGGGUUUUCGUAGAAAGUACGAUGUGGUAGAUUCUUCAGGUGACGCGGUUGUGAUUCAGAUCACCAAUAACGAGGAAUUUCCAAUUCACGUUUGUUUGAUUUCCUACCAGUCCGAUGGCUCCAUUGUUGCCUUGUAUCCGGCAGCGAAAAAGGCGAGUUAUUUUUUUAGUUUGUUUUAUAAUUGGGCAUCGUACAUUGCUUUUACCGGAGAAGGGUUUUUUACAUCUUCAAGACUAACAUUUUUGUCGUUGCCUUAUUCAUACACUCUGUAGGGUCUCACCUCUGUGCUCAGGCCUGGUGAGUCAGUAUCAGAGAUCAGGCGCGUUUUUCUCCAGCCUGAGACAUUCCGUCUCAUGGAAGAGCCCAACGAUGAAUUAAGAAGACCUGACGGAUGUAACGACAUCAUUAUGUUGUAUGCCACCACUGCCGAGGCUGAUUAUCUGCCUCUGUUCCAGACUUCUAUAGAGCUCAGUCCUUAUUUGAGCACUAGAGGGAUUGACACACCCGACGUAUGUAUCACUUUCCUUAGUAUAAAUUAAGUCCAUUUAUGAAUGUACAAAUUAUUAUUUGAACGUUUUGAGUGGAAAACUCAAACAAAUGAUAAGCCUUCGAUUUGUGAAUGUUCCCCUACAUUUACAAGACUUCCUUAACUGUUCCAUUCAUAUCGAAAUUAGCCAAAACCAAGACUAUUUUCCCUUUCUAUUUAUUUCUUCGAGUAUUCCGUUAAGAUACACUCAUCUUAUGAGGUUGUAGGUGUGACAUGCACCAAUCGAUGUGGGUUUUUUACCAAUCGAAGCCGGUGAAAAUUGACCCAAGGUCAGCGAAAAGUCACGAACCCCUGUUUACUUAGUUACAUAACAUAAGUGUAUCUUCAUGACUUUUUCUGUGUUGUUUAAAACAGGGAUUAGGACUUUUCACCGUCGCCAGAUUUCGAGACGCUUUGGACUCCGAGCCUCGUAGCCGGGACGUUGCGCGCGAAGACGUGAGGUGGAUUACUAUAAAGCGAGAGUUCAGGGUGCUAUACCAUCCAGAACAAACCUUUGAGAAAAUCGACCCUCUCGAGGAGUAAAAGGAGCAAAGCAGGAACUAGGAAUGUUGUUCUAUAUUCCUUUUUUGCAUCUCUUCUUUUUUGUGCUGUUGUUUUUAUUUUAAUCUCCUAACAAAGGUUUAUUCCUGACAUUGACUGCAAUUUAACAGAUCUAAAUAUGAACAUUUAAAUUUUAAGGCAUUUAAGAGGGAUACACGACCACUAAUCCUUUCACGCUCUGGUGUAACUCAAGUUUUUGGAAAAAAAAAAAACUUUUUGUGGUUGUCUUUUCUCUAAAGUUUUUCUUUGAGAACAGUGGAGCCUUAAGAAUAAUAUCGUUUUGCCUAAAAGUCGAAAAAAACCCGCAGAACUGCAUGAGCUAAUUUUGUUUUUAUCAAGAGCAUUAGUUUGAUUUUCUCUCUGUUAGAGGAACGGUAAUAAGGGUAAUCCCUUUCGCAACCGUUUUUUGCUGUCGUCACGCAUUGUUUUUCAUUUUCAUUUAAAGAUAGAAAACUGACAUGAUACUUUAAGUUACGGCUUCAUUCUCAAAGAAUAGAAAGGAAUUAAUUUAGGUGCCCCAUUAUUUAUUUGAUGAUCAUGGUUGAUACGUUCCCUCCCCAACCCUCAUGUCAAUGUUGUUAAGGACAGGGGCGACAAAUUAAAAAUUCUAAGAGUACGGAGAAUUUUGUAAAAGGGAAAGUGACUUAAGACUCUCCUAAAAUUCAUAGAAUUCGUUAGGAAAGUUUCAAAACCCAUUGGUUUAAUCUAUACAGCUAAUCUGUGACUACCUACUUCAACUUUAUGUACCCUGUACCAUAGUCUUGUCUAUCCCUAUUUACCGCAUUACGGUAUGGGGCUCCACUUAUCCAUCAAACUUGAAACGUAUGGUCCUACUCCAGAAAAAGGUGGUACGAAUUAUAUCAAGAAGUACCUUUAACGCUCAUUCUGAACCUAUAUUUAAGCAGUUGAAAAUGUAUUCAGAUUUGAGAUUCUCUCCAGCUCCAAAAAUCCAUCUGGCUAUUACUUCGACGCAGAUCCAGUUUACUCUCAUUAUAGCGUGUACGCCAACAAGCUGACGAGAGUCAGUGCCAAAGACCGGUACAGAUUCAAUUUUAUCGUAUCUCGCAAGAGGGGCCCUGUGAUUGGCAUCCGAACUCAAGGAAAAGCAGGUGAAAGGUAUGAAAGUAUGAGGAGUAACUGGUUGAAGUUUCAUGAUGGCUGCCGUGGAAGUGUUACGGGAUAUAAGAACCUUUAUACUAGAAACUUCCCAAGCAUGGAGGACACAUUUACAUUGGAAGCAGGUAUUUGAGCAAAUUUUUAGCGCUAAAUGAUAUGGGAACCUUCACACCAACACGAAAAUAUUAGAAUAAGAAAGACAACCACUUGUUGAACUCAGUCGAGAAGAGGAGAUUGACAUUUAUUUUAUUUUAUUUGGGGGUGGGGGGCGGGGGAGUUACGGGCGUAGAUCAAAGAAACUGUCCGAAUCCUUACAAGGAAUGGAACCCAGACCUUCAGAUGUAUGCUCCCAUGCUUUACCACUGAGCUUCAGAGAACUAGAUGUUGAUCCAGAACAUUCCUCGCCUAAAUUUGUGACAAGCAUCCCACAUGCAGUAUCUGUAUUUAUUUGCGGGUGGGGGGUGACACUGACUCAAACGAAAAGCACUCUGGUAUUGUGUGUUUUAACAAAACCAGGUAAAUGGAUACUGUACUUUGGAAAUCUUACUGGUAUAAAUUAUGGUUUUUACCCUUUUUAGUACCCAGCGGAUGCGUGACUCCUGGUGAGUAUGUAUUACAGAUGUCAGUUAUGGCCGCACCAUGGCAUACCAGUCAAGAGGACUGUGAGAGUAAACCAGAUAGAUGCUUUUGGUCGGAUGGGUGGGAUACACGAAGGCGCAAUAUGAUGACAGCCAUAUGCUACUACAGCAAAGGUAGGAAAAUUAUCAUCUAAGAGCCAUCUCUAUAAAGGAGAAAAAUUAGAUGGGCUUGAAAACUUCAUCUUUAAGACUUGGUAAAAUUUACCCUCCUAUAUAAGUUGAACAUCACGCAGUUAUAACCAUCAUCAUUAGCGAAGCUCCUUUUGAGUUGUUAGCAUCGAAAGCCGAAUGCCGCUGUGCUUCGCUUAAACACUAAAAGCUCAUUCAAGAGCUCUGAAAGCAGUUGAUAUUCUAAACUUGAAAAGUUCUUACAACAAACGCGUGCAUGUCAGAUUGACCACACAUUAACUGCUUUGCUCAUUGUGUCAUUUUUAUUUGCUAGAUUCGGUGUGUGAUCAGUACGGGGGAGCCAAGAUAAAGUACCUGCGCUUGUCAGCUAAACAAUGUGAAGCUGAAAACCAUUGCUACAAUUACAAGAACAACAAAUGUUACGAUGUACUUUAAUGAUAAAAUAAGUGCAGAGCUGUGGAAAUAAAUUUAAUGAAUUUCCCUUAGAGUGAUUAUUUCUUU